GUGUUUUUGAAAAAAAAAAUUCACAGUUUAGAUGUGAGAAAGGACAUGAGGAGACCAAAGACCUGGGAUUUUGCUGAUCAGAAUGAAACAAAUGUUGAAAGACUUUUCAAAUCUAUUGUUGGUGGUGCUCUGUGACUGUGUUCUUGGAGAAGCUGAAUAUCUCCUCUUGGGAGAGCCAGGACAUGUAGCGCUAAGCAACACCACAGUGUCUGUGGAUUUCCAGUAUUUUGAUGGUGCUAAUGGGACCCUGAGGAAUGUAUCUGUGCUGUUGCUGGAGGCUAACACCAAUCAGACUGUGACCACCAAAUACCUCCUGACCAACCAGUCCCAGGGGACACUCGAGUUUGAAUGCUUCUACUUCAAGGAGGCUGGCGACUACUGGUUCACAAUGACUCAGGGAGUGACAGACAGCAGCACUCCAGUACCCUGGUGGGAGAAAAGUGCCUUUCUGAAGGUGGAAUGGCCCGUCUUUCAGGUUGAUCUGAAUAGGACAUCCAAAGCAGCAGAAGGCACCUUCCAGGUGGGCCUUUUCACCAGUCAACCACUAUGCCUGUUCCCUGUGGACAAGCCUGAUAUCUUGGUGGAUGUCAUCUUCACCAACAGUCUUCCUGAGGCAAGAACAAGUCAGGAACAACCACUGGAGAAAAAAACCAGCAAGAGGACAGAACUCUCUCAAGGUCAGUGGGUUGAGUUUGGCUGUGAACCUGUGGGGCCAGAAGCCUAUGUCACUGUGGUGCUGAAGUUGUUUGGCCGAGACUCAGUCAUUACCUCCAUAGGACCGAUUGACCUGGCCCAGAAAUUUGGAUACAAAUUGGUGAUGGUGCCAGAACUCACAUGUGCGUCCCGGGUGGAGGUGAUGGUGCUGCCCCCACCAUGCAUCUUCGUCCAAGGAGUGAUUGCUGUCUUCAAGGAGGCCCCCAGACGUCCUGGGGAAAAGACCAUUCGCCUGGCUGAAAACAGACUGACUUCGGGACAGAGGAGAACAGUGUUCAAUUGCACGUUGUUCGACAUGGGGAGGAAUAAAUACUGCUUUGACUUGGGCAUUUCAAGCAGAAGCCAGUUUUCCACAACGGAGAAGGAGUGCAUGCUAAUUCAGAGAAAUAUAGAAACUUGGGGACUGUGGCAGCCGUGGAGCCAGUGUAGUGCCACGUGUGGGGAUGGUGUCAGAGAGCGUCGCCGCCUGUGCCUGACUUCCUUCCCCUCCAGACCUGGCUGCCCUGGAAUGUCCUCGGAGACCUCCCGGUGUUCCCUGGAGGAGUGUGCUGCUUUCCAGCCAUCUAGUCCAUCUCCUCUUCAGCCCCAGGGUCCAGUGAAGUCCAACAACAUUGUGACGAUCACUGGGAUAUCCCUGUGCUUGUUCAUCAUCGUUGCCACCAUCCUCAUCACGCUGUGGAGGAAGUUUGGCCGUCCCCCGAAGUGUGGCACCCCCGCCCGACACAACUCCAUCCACUCCCCAAGCUUCCGGAAGAACUCGGACGAGGAGAACAUCUGUGAGCUGAGCGAGCAGCGUGGGAGCUUCUCGGAUGCAGGUGACGGGCCCUCGGGGAGCCCGGGGGACAUGGGCAUCCCCCUGACCUACAGGCAGAGUGUGCCAGUGACUCCUGAGGACGAGGCCUCUGGUAGUGAGAGCUUCCAAUCCAACGCUCAGAAGAUUCCCCCUCUAUUUAGCUACCGGCUUGCCCAGCAGCAGUAGGAGAUGAAGAAGAAAGACAUGACGAGACCAACAAACGGUGAGAUGGUGUCUCAGAGUCCCCUGACAGACACCGCCAUCGAUGCUGCCACGUUGCCCUCAGACCUGCCCUUAGACCCAGAGAGCCCAGAAGACGCUGCAGCAAACAAGUUCCGGAUCAAAUCCCCCUUUCUGGAGCAGCCUGCAGUGGGCGCCGGGGAGAGGCCUCCCUCCCGGCUGGAUGUGCCUCUCUCUCAGGCCAGUUGUGCUGAGCCCAGCCAGACCCUCAUCCGCAAGUCGCAGAUGAGGCACGUGGGCAGCCGAGGGGGGCUGUCGGAGAGAAGCCACCCCAGGAGUUUUCAUUUCAGGAGGACUGCCAGUUUCCACGAAACCAAGCAGGCCCGGCCGUUCAGGGAGAGGAGCAUGUCCACGCUGACGCCCCGGCAGGCCCCGGCCUACAGUGCGAGGACGCGGCCCUGGGACCAGGCCGGGAGAUUUAGACCUCAGAGUCGAGGUGCUGCCCUAUUUCCUGAGAGGGACCAUUUCCAAGGAGCAAGUGGAACCAGUGCUCCAUUAAGCUCUCUCCCUAAAUCCUGCACCUUCAGGCAGCCCAUGAGGAAACCAGACCUAGGGUUUCGUCAGGCAGGAUUGGUGGCGGGAGGUGAGAGAGCAGAGCCUCCCAGAGCUCGGAGGGGCCCGUCCCCCAGUCAAAGGAGUGUCUCAAGGAAGCAGCCUUCACCCACUGCUCCCAAAGAUAGCUACCACAGGGUGAGCCCUCUGAGCCCUCCUCAAUGUAGAAAAGACAGGUGUCAGAGCUUCCCGGCUCACCCGGAGUUCGCCUUCUAUGACAACACGUCAUUCGGCCUCACCGAGGCCGAGCAGAGGAUGCUAGACCUCCCCGGAUAUUUUGGGUCAAACGAGGAGGAUGAAACCACAAGUACACUCAGCAUGGAGAAGCUGGUCAUCUAGUCCAAGCUCAGCCUGAGACUUUACACACUGGUGUCCUUUGCCCAGCUCGUGUUAUCAGCUGCUCGUGUUAUUCUGUGGAUUGUUUCGUUUAACUGUACAGUAGGACAGAAUGUAGGCAGGAAGUAACGUGUGUGUGUAUGCAUUGUAAUUCAUAAGAAAGAGGUUAUUUAUCCUGAAUUUUUCCCUUUAUUAUCCUAUUUCUAUUGGUUUAUUACUAAUAACUACAAUAAUAAAAUUUGAACGAGUGAAA